AUGAGCUGGCAGUGUGGUGCAGCUCAGCCCAUUUUGAUGGAUGAGGAGGUUGUGCAGAGGGCAGUUGAUGAGCAAACUCCUCAAGAUCAGGCUGGAAGAAUUACAAGGGCGGAGGGAGUACUCUUUAAUGAAGUCGUCACGAUACGUCUGGACUUCAAAUACAUCCUGAAGAUUGACAACCUAUGGGACUUCACAUCCUUGACCAGGCUUCAUUUAAACAACAACUUCAUUAAGAAGAUUGCGGGUGUGGACCAUCUGGUGAAUCUGACAUGGCUCAAUCUGUCAUUCAACAGAAUAGAGAAAAUCGAGGGUCUGGCGUCUCUGCGGAAGCUUGAACUUCUGAAUUUGUCCAACAACAGAAUCUCUGUCAUUGAAAACAUCGAUCAACUUGACGCUCUCACUCAUUUCUGCAUCGCAAACAACCUCCUUGAACAACUGGAUAAUGUGCUCUGCCUCAGGAAAAUCAAGAAACUGUUCACUCUCAACCUCUCUGGAAAUCCUAUCUCAAAGGAGGAUGAUUACAGUUUAUUCAUUGCGGCCUUCUUUCCAAACUUGAGGUGCCUGGACUACAGAUUACUUAGUGAGGAGACGAAAAAGGAAGCAUCUAUCAAAUACUUCGGUGCCGUUGAGAAAAUGAGACAAGAAGAGCUGCAGAAACAACAAGCCGAUGAUGCUGAGCAAAGCCAGAGAGCGGAACUCCAAUUGCACACAGACGCCUUUGUGGAGUUCCUCAAUGGAUCUAAUCUGUUUAAGAGCAUGUUCAAAGAUGAUCCAGAAGCAGAGACACUACAAAGUGUGACAGGAGUGGCUGAUCUGCUUAAAACAUUUGAGCAGGAAAUGGUGGAGCUGUGUGAGCAGGUAUUCGAAAUAGGCUUGGCAGAGCAUAAACAAAGAGAGGCAGAGGUUAACGCCUUCCUCAGUGGUCGCACAAAGGUUGUGACAGAUUACCAGAAGAAAGCAUCGCAGACUUUGAUAGAAUUUGAGGAGCAACACCAAGAGAGGACUUGGGAGUUGCAGCAGUUAUCAGACCAAGGCACACUGCAGGUCAAGGUCGGCCACUGCAACGAUGCAAUCAACCAGCUCUCAGACAGCCUAAUGUCACUGGAGCUUAGGCUCAACAAACAGGUGGACGACAUCAUCAAAGAGUUGGACAUCAAUAUCUCAGACAUGGUUUGCAGCUUCACUGAAACUGUUCAAGGAAUAUUUGCCCAAUGUCGAUAUCUGGAGGAUAAUUAUCAUCGGAAUGUGGGAGAUAUUGCUUUGGCAACUCUGGAUAAAGUGGCCUCGGGCAGCAUGAUAAAGGACAUGUCAGGUGACGCUAGAUGGCUGUUUACAAACAGAAACAUGGUGAUGGAAGCACUGGCCACCGCCCACGAUAACCACCUGAUGAAGAUCAAUGACAGAGAGACUCAGAUAGUUGCAGGUGUCAGUGCCUGGAAAGUGUCCCUCAUUAAAGGGAUUCAAGACAAAGAGCUUAAGCAGAACCCCACGAACCUCAAAUAUAUUGACUAUUUGUGGGAACAGAUGGAGGAGUUCCAGUUGCAAGAUCUUUGA